CAGGACAGCAACCGUUGGGGGGGAUUCCGCGCGAAAACGGAAUAGCAUCUGCGCAUCCCUUUUUCCAGGAGGCAGCGGUCACUAAUAACUUAGUAGUGGUGGCGAAUAAAGAGAAGCGUAGGAGGGGGGAGUACUUUGGGGAGGGAAAAGAAAAGAAUAAGAGUUGUCCUGACUCUUCAGCUAAGCCCGUUUUCUUUCUCCAUCAUUCACGCCCCCUCCCAUCAUCUUUAUAUGUAGAUAUAUCUCUCUCUCUCAAUUUACUCACAGAUACUACUGUAGAGGAGUAUAUAAAAAGGGAAGGAGGGAGGGAGGUGUAAUGGCUCGUGAGCUUUACACUUUGCUUUUAAGCCUUUUGUGCUGCUACUAGUAGUAUAUUUCCAUCUCUUUCUCUCUCUCUCUCUCUCAUUGAAUACACGCAUUUCAUUUGUUACUGUUACAUAUAAAUUGCAGUAGUAGUAUAUUCGUAUAGGCACGCAAAUACAUGUACAUGUGGGCGUCAGAAGAAGAAGAAGAAGAAGGCUUCUUUUAGAGAGAGAAACAGAAAGAUUCUCGACUUGAAGAAGAAGAGCAGGAAUGGCCUCCACCGGACUCAGCAGUAGUAAUAGCAGCAGCAGCAGCUACGAUCUGUCAUUUAAGAUCUUGUUGAUCGGAGACUCCGGAGUCGGCAAAAGCAGCCUCCUCGUCACUUUCAUUUCCAAUUCUGUUGAAGAUCUUUCCCCUACCAUCGGUGUGGAUUUUAAGAUCAAGCUGCUCACUGUUGGUGGGAAGAAGUUGAAGCUUACAAUUUGGGAUACCGCUGGACAAGAGAGGUUCAGGACUUUGACAAGCUCAUACUACAGAGGUGCUCAAGGGAUCGUUCUUGUUUAUGAUGUGACAAGGAGGGAAACCUUUACAGACUUGUCUGAUAUAUGGGCAAAAGAAGUCGAACUUUAUUCAACUAAUCAGGAUUGUGUCAAGAUGCUUGUUGGUAACAAAGUUGACAAGGAGUCUGAAAGAGUUGUAAGCAAGGAAGAAGGAAUGACCCUUGCAGAAGAGCUAGGGUCUUUAUUUCUUGAAUGCAGUGCCAGAACGCGAGAAAAUGUGGAGCAGUGCUUUGAAGAACUGGCUUUGAAGAUUAUGGAGGUGCCCAGUCUUUUGGAAGAAGGAUCUGCUGUGGGGAAGAGAAAUAUUUUAAAACAGAAACAAGUGCACCACACAUCUGGUGGCGGUUGUUGCUCAUAAAACACUGCAGAUCUUAUAUUUGGAGGACUUAUUAAGUGAUCGCCCCAGAAGCUGAGCAUUUCUUCGAAAUGAUGACCAGAAUACAUAUAUGGUAACCUUUGAUUUCCUUAAUGUUGCUGUUGUGCUUGAGUUGUCGCUGGUACAUAUGCUGGUGCUCUGGGAUGUUGACGCCAAUAACAUCUAUUAGCAUGUGUAAAUUUACUAGCAUCUUUUGUUUCUUGGCUUAUGUUUGUUGAGCGUCACUCAAAUUGUCACUGAAACAGAAUUGCUUGUAUUUAUUCUGAUCUAGAUUCAACUUCUUACGCUGCGCUGUGAA